GUUGCAGUUUCACAUCCGAUCGCUCAGUCUCCGCGUUUCACCCCGGACCCGGGUCCCAGGAACACACACCGAGACUCCCCGAUCCGGAGACUCCCCUCUGCAGCCACUAUGGCCAACGCUUUCACCGCCGAUGCUCAUUUCAAAGCCCUGGCAGACUGGCACAAGCACAACUGUGCCAGCCUCAAGCUGCGGAAGCUGUUUGAAGCGGACCCCGAGCGGUUCAGCCACUUCAGUUUAACCCUCAAGACGGAUGAUGGUGAUAUCUUGCUGGAUUAUUCUAAGAAUCUCAUCACUCAUGAUGUGAUGAAGAUGCUGUUUGCCCUGGCAAAAUCCAGGGGUAUUGAGAAAGCCAGAGAACGCAUGUUCACCGGGGAGAAGAUUAACUUCACAGAGCAUCGUGCUGUGCUCCAUGUUGCACUGAGGAACUGCUCCAAUAUACCCAUCCAGGUUGACGGCAAGGAUGUGAUGCCAGAGGUGAAUGCCGUUCUGGAGAAGAUGAAGCAUUUCUGCCAGAGAGUUCGCGGUGGAGAAUGGAAGGGAUACACUGGAAAGACCAUCACCGACGUUGUCAAUAUCGGGAUUGGAGGCUCGGACCUGGGUCCACUGAUGGUAACUGAAGCUCUCAAACCCUAUGCCAAGGGUGGGCCGAAGGCCUGGUUUGUGUCCAACAUUGACGGUACCCACAUGGCGAAGACCCUGGCAGAGCUGAACCCUGAGACCACCCUGUUCAUCAUUGCAUCCAAGACCUUCACCACCCAAGAGACGAUCACUAACGCUGAAUCAGCUAAAGAGUGGUUCCUACAUGCUGCAAAGGAACCUUCUGCUGUUGCCAAACACUUUGUAGCCCUGUCGACAAAUGCGGUUAAAGUGAAAGCUUUCGGAAUUGACCCAAACAACAUGUUUGAAUUCUGGGAUUGGGUCGGGGGACGUUACUCCCUCUGGUCAGCCAUUGGCCUGUCCAUCGCUCUACAUGUGGGAUUUGAGAAUUUCGAGCAGCUGCUGAAGGGAGCCCAUUGGAUGGACCGUCACUUCCACUGCACUCCAUUGGAACAGAACGCUCCUGUGCUGCUGGCUAUGCUCGGGAUUUGGUACACCAACUUCUAUAACGUGGAGACCCAUGCGCUCCUUCCCUAUGAUCAAUACCUGCACCGCUUUGCUGCGUACUUCCAACAGGGGGAUAUGGAAUCUAAUGGCAAGUACAUCACCAGCAAAGGGACCCGGGUGGACUACAACACUGGGCCUAUCGUGUGGGGAGAGCCAGGCACCAAUGGGCAGCAUGCCUUCUACCAGCUGAUACACCAGGGAACCCGGAUGAUUCCCGCUGACUUCCUCAUCCCCGCACAGACCCAGAACCCAAUCCGAAACGGACUGCAUCACAAGAUUCUCCUGGCUAAUUUCCUGGCUCAGACCGAGGCUUUGAUGAAAGGGAAAUCAGCUGAGGAAGCUCGCAAAGAGCUGCAAGGUGCUGGUGUGAGUGGGGAGGCUCUGGAGAAGAUUGUUCCCCACAAGGUCUUUGAGGGAAAUCGGCCAACCAACUCCAUUGUCUUCAAGAAGCUGACUCCAUACAUCCUGGGAGCUCUGAUUGCAUUGUAUGAACACAAGAUCUUUGUGCAAGGAGUCAUGUGGGACAUCAACAGCUACGACCAGUGGGGAGUGGAACUGGGCAAACAGCUGGCCAAAGCAAUCGAACCAGAACUGGCCACCUCUGACCCUGUGACCUCACAUGAUAGCUCCACCAAUGGGCUGAUAAACUUCAUCAAGAAGCACAGCGCCUGAACUGGAACCUGACCUGAAGGAGAGACGCACUUGAUCUAUCGAGAACCCAUCCCUCUUGUAGAAACCGCACCAUUACCUGUGUGACAGGGGCUUUGUACUGUGUGUGCUGUCCCUUUUUAAUGUUCCCACAAUGCUCAAAGUCACUUCACUUCCUCCUGGCUCAAUCCCUAAUGAUGUUGUAAAUGAUAUCAGUGACUCACCUGUUUAAUGGCUGACUGUAAGUCUGUCACAGUGAAGUUACAGCCUCUGGAUCUGUCUCUGUGGCUCCCUGUCUCUCUGGGUGUGUGUGGGUGAGAGUUAACACACUGUGUAGCUCGAAUUCGGUUUAUGGUUUAGUAACGGGUUACCUAACUGUGCACAUAGAAAAUCUAGAAAGUGGAGCAAAUAUAAAAUAAAACUUCAUCACAAA